AUGGCGGGCCGGGGCGGGAGCGGGGGCCCUGCUGUGUCAGUCCUGGCCCCGAACGGGAGGCGCCACACGGUGAAGGUGACGCCGGGGACGGUGUUACUGCAGGUUCUCGAAGACGCGUGUCAGCAACAGGACUUCGAUCCCGCCGAGUUCGGCCUGAAGUUUCAGAGGAGCGUGCUCGACCUCUCGCUGCAGUGGAGAUUUGCCAACCUCCCCAACAAUGCCAAGCUGGAGAUGGUGCCGAUCCCCGGGAGUCGGGAAGGACCGGAAAACCCGGUGCGGAUCGCCCUGCAGCUGGACGACGGCACCAGGCUGCAAGACGCUUUCCCUUCCGGCCGGACCCUGUGGGAGCUUCUCCGACAUUUUGCACCAACCAGAGAGUGUGUGGAGCAGCUGGGUGAAUCCACUCCUGUCUGUGUUUACAUGAGGACCGAGAUGUCGGGAACGGCAGCCUUGCAGAAGACGACGCUGAAAUCCCUGGGUUUGACCGCAGGCAACGCGAUCAUCAGGUUUACGCUGAAGAAAGGGGAGUCGCCGGAGGCGAGGGAACCCGUGGCUCCCGGGACGGAGGCCCCGGGCCCGAGCGGGCCCGACCCCCGGGCAGCCGACGGCGCCGCGCCUUCCCAGAGCUCAGCGGGGCCGGACCGCCAGCCGGACGGACGGGCAUCGGACGGCGAGCCCGCGCCCACCCCCUCCAGCCCUUUCGGCGGCCGGGGUUGGCGCCUCGGAGGCCCGCCCGGUGCCGCGGACCCGCUGGAGGCCUCCGCGGCCAAGCAGCCUCCAAACCGAUCCAGCCCCGGAGGCCCCUCCAAGCCCAAGAAGUCCAGGCCCGGGCAAGAAGAGCCACCCGAGGCGGCACAGGCUGUGGAGCGGGAGGCGGUCGUGUGCCACCCGGAUCGGGAGCGGCUGCCGCGGGCCCGCCCAGCCGAGCUGCCCGACCAGUUCUUCGAGGUCACCGUGGAUGACGUCAGGAAGCGCCUGGCUCAGCUGAAGAGCGAGAGGAAGCGCCUGGAGGAAGCCCCCUUGGUGACCAAGUCUUUCCGAGAAGCCCAGGAGAAGAAGAAGCUGGAACGCUACCCCAAGGUGGUGCUGAGAGUCCAGUUUCCCGACCGCUACGUCCUGCAGGGCUUCUUCCGCCCAAACGAAACGGUGGGAGACCUGCGGGACUUUGUGAAGCAGCACCUGGGUAACCCGGACCUGCCUUUCUACCUAUUCGUCGCCCCUCCGAAGACCGUCCUGAACGACGAUGCCGAGACCCUCUUCCAGGCCAAGCUUUUCCCUGCUGCCCUUGUACAUUUUGGGACCCAACAGCCAACAGAUUUCUACCUGGAGGCCCAGCUGCUGGAGGCGACGGUGGCCCCGUCGGCCGCGGACCUGUUGGCAGCGAGGUCUACGUCCCGGGCCCCGACCCCGUCCGAGCCCGAGGAGGUCCCGGCCGAGCCCGAGGAGGCGGGCGAGGAGGCGUCCGGGGGGCCGCCCGAACCCCCCGAGCCGGCCCCGGAGGCCGCCCGGCCCUUGAGGAGGAGCCCGGGCAAAGUGCCCAAGUGGCUGAAGCUGCCGGCAGCCGGGAAGAGGUGAGAGCCGGGAGGGAGAGGGAUCGCCCACUCCCGCCACCGGGCCCGGAGCUGGGAAUCAAGACUCGGCGUGCUCUCCCCGACCGGCCACCCUCGACCACUUCGAGUCUCUCUCUACCGUUCACGCCCCGCGGCCCCCCUCGGGUAGGCGGAGCACAAGGUGGGACCCCCCACGUCCCCCUGACCCCAUACUCCGGGGUCCCGGGAGGGUCUUGCCCCUCACCGCCACCAGUCCGUUGGCUUAAGAAGAGCGCGGGGAUCUUUCUUUCCAUUACCGUUAAUUAGCUUCGUUCAUUAUCCCUCCCCUAAUGAGAACAAAACUCCAAAGAAAACAGCUUUUC